AGCCCAGCCAGGCAGAGCCGAGCCCGACCCGUCAACCCUUUCCCCUCCAGAGCCCUCCUGCCCCCUCCUCUCUCCCUCCCCGUCAGCCGCCGCCGCCGCCGCGAAAACCACCAGCCUAACCUUGCUGGAGCCGGGCGGAGAGGACGCGGCCAGCCGAUGCAAGCCCUCACACGUGCCGCGUCCCUCCUGCGCCGAGCCGUGGCCUGCCCGCCUCAGCUCGGCGCCGCCGGCCGCGACACCCCGCUCCUCGCCAAGAUUUUGCCAAAUGUCUACUCCAAUGGGUAUUCUACUCUUAUGGCUCCAGCAAAUGAAGUGCUGAUUCCACCGGAACUUCUAUCUAGCAAGACUGUCUGGACACCAGACCGAGAGCUUGGGCAGUAUGAGGACCUAGUAGCUAGAGUAACAAACUUCCAUAACGAGGACAAGGGAUUCAUGGUUUUGGAUGGUGAUGUUUUUGACGUUCCAAUUAGGAAGGAUAUUGUUCACAGGGUAGUAAGGUGGCAGCUUGCGAAAAGGCAACAGGGGACACACUCAACUAAAACUAUCAGUGAAGUGAGCGGCACAGGAAGAAAGCCUUAUAAGCAAAAGGGAACCGGAAGAGCACGUCAUGGAACAUUGCGUGGUUGUCAGUUUCGAGGAGGUGCAACUAUGCAUGGCCCGAAACCACGGAGCCAUGCAUUCAAGUUGCAGAAGAAAGUACGACGUCUAGGACUUAAGAUAGCUUUGUCUGCUAGAACAGCUGAGGGGAAGCUCUGCAUCUUUGAGGACUUAGAAGUCCCUAGCCACAAGACGAAAAACAUUGUGCAGUACAUAAAGCAGAUGGACGAUACGAAGAAGAUUUUGUUGGUGGAUGGAGGCGACAUUGAUAAGAAGUUAAAGCUGGCUACUCAAAAUCUUCACUACGUGAAUGUCAUUCCUUCGAUUGGCCUCAAUGUCUACAGCAUCCUGCAGCAUGACACCCUCGUGAUGACUCGGGACGCCAUCAACAGAAUCGUUGAGCGGAUGCACACACCCAUCAGCCGCUAGCAAGCAGGGCUUCAAAGAACCUUGCUAUACAUACUGCACCUUUUAUCCGAUUUUGGUACAACAGCUUUGAUCAAGCUGCUCGUGAGUAGGCCAAAGUGCAGCCCAACCUUUUGAUUAUCUGUUUGUAUGGAAAUCAUAGCACUAACUGUCGGUAUGUGUAGUGGUUCCGGGCUUCAAAUCCCAGUGUUUUGUUGCAGACGUGAUUUAAUCCCCUAUAAGCUACCAGGCUCCCAGUUCACUCUGCUGGUGGAAGCAGGUGCCAUUUUCUACUUGUCAAGAUGCUACAUUUAUUUUGUUGCGGCAACCUGAAAUUCUGCUGAAUGUAAUGUGUAAGAGUAGGGAACCAAUGGGUUGUACUGAUGCAUGCCCACCCUAGGUUAUUCAAUAAAAUUCCUUUCAUCCAAAAA